UUAAUGGCUAACUAGCAAGCUAACUGAUAUUAGCUGGUUAAAGUUGCUGUUUUUGAGGCUGCGUGUUUCCUGAAACCACUCAAACUCGUCGAUAACAGCGUCAGUUGGGCAAAUGUUGCGGCACAAUAUGUUAAAUGAGCUUUACGUGAUGUGACGCGUUUGCUUUGCAGUUAAUGAAUGGCUACGUUGCUACUGAAACCAACAACUCGUAAAGCAUGGCAAUGACUGGCCAGAGCUCGUGCUCCUCUAUGAGUAACCACACAAAGGAGCGGGUCACUAUGGCCAAAGUGACCCUGGAGAACUUCUACAGCAACCUCAUCGCCCAGCAUGAGGAGAGAGAGAUGAGACAACAGAAGCUGGAGAAAGUGAUGGACCAGGAGGGUUUGGCUGAUGAAGAGAAACGCAUCCGACGCUCUCAGCAUGCAAGAAAAGAGACAGAGUUCCUGCGUCUGAAAAGAACUCGACUGGGUCUGGAUGACUUUGAGUCCCUGAAGGUGAUUGGACGAGGGGCUUUUGGAGAGGUUCGCCUGGUGCAGAAGAAAGACACGGGUCACGUCUAUGCCAUGAAGAUCCUCCGCAAAGCUGACAUGCUGGAGAAAGAACAGGUUGGUCAUAUCCGGGCUGAGCGGGAUAUUCUGGUGGAGGCAGACAGUCUGUGGGUGGUCAAGAUGUUCUACAGUUUCCAGGAUAAGAUGAACCUUUACCUCAUCAUGGAGUUCCUGCCUGGAGGAGACAUGAUGACUCUGCUGAUGAAGAAGGACACGCUUACAGAAGAAGCCACUCAGUUCUACAUAGCAGAGACAGUGCUCGCUAUUGAUUCCAUCCACCAGCUGGGCUUCAUCCACAGAGACAUCAAACCAGACAACCUGCUGCUGGACUCCAGGGGUCAUGUGAAGCUGUCUGACUUUGGUCUGUGCACCGGGCUGAAGAGAGCUCACCGCACUGAGUUCUACAAAAACCUGAACCACAGCCUGCCCAGUGACCUCAGUAAACAAACCUUUCAGAACAUGAACUCCAAGAGGAAAGCAGAGACUUGGAAGAGGAACAGGAGGCAGCUGGCUUUCUCGACGGUGGGAACCCCAGACUACAUCGCUCCAGAGGUCUUUAUGCAAAAUGGAUACAACAAGCUCUGCGACUGGUGGAGUCUGGGUGUCAUCAUGUACGAGAUGCUGAUAGGUUACCCUCCGUUCUGCUCAGAGACACCGCAGGAGACGUACAGGAAAGUGAUGAACUGGCGAGAGACGCUCACAUUUCCUCCAGAGGUUCCCAUAUCAGAGAAGGCCAAAGACCUCAUCCUCAGGUUCUGCUGUGAGGAGGAGCACAGAAUCGGGGCUACAGGUGUCGAGGAGAUCAAGUCCAAUCCUUUCUUUGAGGGCGUGGACUACGACCAUAUCAGGGAGAGACCUGCUGCCAUUCCCAUAGAGAUCAAAAGCAUCGACGACACCUCCCACUUUGACGAGUUCCCCGAUUCAGACAUUCUCACACCAACUUCAGUCGCCCCGGUGUCCAACCAGACGGAGGUGGACCUGAAGAACAAGGACUGGGUCUUCAUCAACUACACGUACAAACGCUUUGAAGGCCUGACCGCUCGAGGAGCUAUACCGUCCUACAUGAAGUCAGGCAAGAGAUGAGCAACCCUGGCUUUUGUCCAACACCAUCAUGGAACCCCAUUAAGUCGUCUGAACCCUUGCUGUCUGAAGAACUGAGAGUCUCUGUGGUACCUGACUGACGUGGAGAACUCCUCGUCACGCAGGACUUUGCAAAUAAUAAAAGGGGCUCAGUUACAUCUGUUGCUUUCCACCGUAGGAACUGCUGCCUUCAUUUCCUGCAGGUCUUAGUCUUUUCUCUGAUGCUUCCGAGGUACUGCUCUACUUCCUGCUUCUACCUGAAAACACACUUGUGGGAUUAAAAGUGAUUGCGAUUCUCUCCGCUCGCCUUUCUCACCAGUGGAUGAAGUGUGAUGUCUUCACUCCAGAUACCAGCAUCAUCUACAUUCCCUCUUUUUAAAAGAACCCCAGCACCAAGUCUGUUGGACCUGAACCGGGACAUCCUCUCCAUUCACUGCUCCUGUUUUAACUCAAACAUUGUUAUCAGUGGUCACUUGAAGUGAAUCAGCUGCUCUUCAGGGAUUCUGUCCACGUUUUUUCUUUGUUUUUUUUCCCUGUCACGUUCUGUAAGAGCUCAGCGUGAGGCUGCGGGCUCUUUGAGACGAUUCAACCAAAGACCUUUUCCCUGUAACUUCCACGUGUCCUUUAAUGGAACGAUAUUCUCAAAUAGUAGUACGAGUAUAAACGAGAAUGAUGCAUUUUUUGCGGAACAAACGCGAGAUACUAUUUUUACACUAUGUUCACUUAGCUUCUGCACCUUCUGUGAUGUUUGAUCCGACAUGCGCUGCUUCUCCGGUUUGUGUUUGGUUUUGGAAAAGAAAAAAACCAGGACACUGUGUCAUAACUGAAGCCACAAGCUCUCCACAGACGUCUCUCUGUAAAUCGAUCAAACAUGCAACACAGCGACAGAGUGACCAACGCAGCUCUCACAGCUGCUGUUAAAAGCAGAGCGGUCGCACCAGCGCUCGUCGUUGGUAGGUCGCGCUGAUUAACUCAAGGAAAACUUUGUGUUGAGAAUAGUUACUGAUCCUGGAAAUGGAGAUUACCAACACCCCCACAACACACUGAUUCUUGAAAACAAGUCCUCAUAGGACACUGCAUUCACUUCACAAGUCGAAACAAAGCAUUAUCCCUAAACUUACACUAACCACAAGUCAAAUCUCAGCUUAACCAGUUCCUCACAAAUGAGGUUCCAGGUUUUGGUCUCUGUGAGGACU